UAUUUAUGUAAACAUACGUGUAAUCUCUCUGUAGUAGGCACUUAUACUUGAUGAAAUAAAAGUGUCUAAUUUUAAGCAUAGCUAUGAAUUUGCAUAUUUUGCCUAAUUAAGAGGCUUUAUUUUUUUGUUUUGCAUGAUGAGGGGAAACUGUUUUCUAAUAACUACAGAAUACAUACAUACGAACAGUUAAAUCACGGAAUAGCUUAUUUAUUAACUUUAUAAGCAUAUCAUUUUACUAGUAAGCUCAAUAUUGAUUGUGAACUUCAUUUAUGGGAUGGAAGAAAGUACAACUAUUAAUAUGAAUCCGACUGCUGUUCGAAACUCAGAGACUUGUGUAAGAAGUACUAAUUUUCAACAUACUGCUCUUGGCCUAAUGCAUUUGAGAAAACUUUUUUCUGAGUACAUGUAUCUCCCUGAAUCAUUGUCAGGUGAAGAAAAAGAUGACAAGCUGUACAAUAUGUUACCUUUAUUUUGUAAAGUGUUUGGUACUAGUCCAUCUGCAGAUAUGAAUGACAAAUUUUGGGAUAUCUUUUCUUUCACUAGAGAAGUGUCUAGACUCAUGGUCUCUGAAAUUUGUAAGAGAGCAAACAAUCAAAACUUGGAAAUCGCUAGUUGUGCAAUUGUAAAGUUUCUAGAAAUAGAAAAUAGCGAAGAAUCAAGCAAUGGAUGGAUGUUACUGUCUACUUUAAACUUAUUGGCUGCUGGGGAAGCGUCAUUAAUUCAAGAAAUGACGACAGCUUCAAUACCGUCAACCUUGGUAAAGUGUCUUUAUUUAUUUUUUGACUUGCCAGAAAUGAGUACUAAAGAAGCUGAUGUUACUGGCGUAACCAGCGAAUUUACUCCAAAAGAAACAAGGAUAUUGUUACAAAAAGUGUUUGUUCAGUUGCUUGUAAGAUUGUGCAGUCAUUCAUAUGCAGCAGAAGAAUUAGCUCGUAAAGAUGAUCUUACUCUACUGUUCUCUGCUAUUACAAGUUCAUGUCCACAAUAUAAUCUCAUAUGGCAAAAAAGUGCUGCUGAGGUAUUGAUAGCACUAUCGACACAUGGUCUUACUGAAAGCGUAGUAGCUUACAUACACAAUAAAGGAUGCAUAGCGCUAUGUGUUGAAAACAUGAAACGUGUACCUGAACUAGCACCAUUAGAAGUCGUAAAAAUGUUCGUGACUGUAUUUUGUUUUCUAAAAGAUUCUAGUGAAGUGUCGCAAACACUUUUAGACGAUUUCCGUUCUUGUCAGGGAUACUUAUUUUUAUCGGAGUUUCUACUAAAACACGCUUCAUCCCAGUUGGAACAAGAUAAAACUGAGACCCAAGAUGCUAUAAGAAAUUUAGUAUUGACGUUAGCAUCAUUGACUAUGUGUGGUCACACAGAGCUAAAAUCAAGCACGGCGAGUAUGGGGUCAUUAUUUAAAAUGCUUAACUUUGUACUACCUCAACCAAGCAAUCAAGGAGGAAGUGUCCGUAACAUACACAGUUUCCAAGUAUUGCAAUCAGUUUUUAUUAAGUCCAAUUCUUCUCUUCUCUGCUGUACUAUUCUGGAUGCUAUAUUAAGUAUUUACCGUAGUGACAAUGCUAACUAUUUUAUUCUUGAAGGACAAAAUACUUUGCCUCAGUUUGCAGAAAAAGUACAUCUUAAAAAUUCGGAAACUCAAAAAAGACUGUUUGAGCUUUUGGAAUUUACUGUUUUUGAGUUGAAUUUUGUGCCUUGCAAGGAAUUAAUUUCAAUGUCUAUAUUAUUGAAAUCAAAUCACUCUAUCACUUGUAGCAUUAUGUGUAUGGAAACAUUAAAUAAAAUUCUUCGGUAUAAUGCAAUAUUCAAAGACGUAUAUAGAGAGGUUGGUUUGUUAGAAAUUUUUGUUGCUUGCCUUAACAGAUAUGCAACACUUUUGGAAGAUAAGCAGGCUGCACUAGAUCAAAAUCAAGACUAUCAAGUGAGUACAGAUCAAGAACAAUUAGGAGGCUUAAUGAUCGGAGCGUUGACCAUUUUAUUAGAAGGAAAUAUUCAAAAUGCUCAUGUAUUUAGACAGUGUGGUGGAGCUCAUUGUGCUAACAAUCUCGUCCCAUACAUUGACUGCAGAUUCCAAGCUUUAGAAAUGGUCAGAGAACUAAUUCUUAGUGUAGGUGGAGAUGAUGAUAUGGCUGCGCUUUUAGGACUUAUACAUUCUGCGCCUUCAAAUGCAUUUGCUCUUAAAAUGCAUAUCUUAAAAUCUUUAAUCGUGUGUCUUCGGGAAUCGCAUCGUGCCAGAAUUGUUUUUCGAAAAGUUGGUGGCUUUGUUUCUGUUAUGUCUGUUCUCGUAUCCCUAGAAGGCCAACUAAAUGAUCAAACUGGACAUAAUUCUGUACAUUGCAAUGAUAUGAUCAAAAAAUCUCAAGAUGAUGAGGCACGGCUGUUAUUAGUACACAUAGUUUUUUAUACCAUAAGUACAGCAAUGCGAUUUGAACCGGCCAACGCCAAAUUUUUUCACCAGGAGAUAUGCCAGUCAAGUUUGUGUGACACACUGAGACUACUUGGUUGUUUUUCAACUGAAACCGUAUUGAAAAAAACAAAUACUGACUUGAAUAUAAAUUUUCAACAUUCGUGGUCUGCUGUCUUUACCGGGAACAAAUUAAAUCCAAUUCUCUCAACCAGCGUACCUCGAGUUCUCGAAAACGCUUGUUACAUAUUUCGCCUAUUACAUGAUGUAGUGCUUGAUGCAUUUAACAGAUCAAAUUUAGCUGAAUUGGAAAUUGAAUCUCCUUAUCUUACGCACUCAUGUAUAGGACAUCAGCAAUCAGUUGAUCCACUAACGAGCAGCAAAUGUUCGAUGGUAAAUACGGCAAAUGUAAGUCAAUUGGCAGCGGACCCUAUAGUAGUUCAUCCUGGAGUUCUUGUAGCUAUGCUUCACUUACUUCCAUCUAUUUCGUAUCCUGCAAACCCUGAAGCGACGUUAUCAUUGCAAGUGUACAUAGCAGAAGUUAUUAAAAGCUUAGUGCGUUCAGAAAGAAAUCAACAACUCAUGUGUGAGGUUGGGAUUGUCGGUGAACUAUUAAAAGUUGGAAGAGCAGCUCUUGAAGAUGAAACGCAUUAUCUCCAUCAAUCUUUUCAAUACAUAGUUGAACGUAUGGCAGCUCAAGCCUUAGAACCAAAAGAUUUAAGGUAA